UGGUUGGACCAGAAACAGCUGUGCAGAGCCUUGCCCUGUAAAGGGCUGCGGACCUGAAUGCAGUGUAGCCGGCUGGCGGGGACUUACACCCGGGCUCCAGAGGGAGAGAGAAAGAGCUGCAGGCCGCUUGCAUUACGUCUUCCAGGCUGCGUGGACCCGGCGCCCCGGCGUUGGCGUUUGCGGGGGAGCUCGCCGUGGCGCCCCCUCCCGCUGGCUCUAGCUUCCUUUGGGCUUGGCGCAGGUGGGCCAGGCUGGGCACCGCGGAUCUCCCCGUUCCCACGAAGGCUGGCUCGCCGUCUCUCCGCGAGGGGGAGGGACCAUCCUAAAAAUAUGUAAAUAUCCAAGCGCCAGCUCCAGGCUGGGGCAGCAGCCAAGGUCCCCGCGCCGCCGCCGCUGCCGGGUGCUUUACAUGAAAAUGAGAAGCCUGACGGGAACCGCGCUCUAACUUAAGGCAGCCUGGUGAUUAGCAUGAGACUGGGCGGCUGUCCUGCUUCCUGCCCUUCAAUAGCCGUUCCGCGCGCUCGCGCCCGAGCCGCGCUGCCUCCGCGCGGGGGUCGAUCGCAGGCUCGGCGUCCUUGGCAGCCAUGGCUCCGUCGCCGCCUCGGCCAGUAAGUAGGAGCACGCUUGUGUAGGGGGCACGUGCGUGUCGGCGCACCCACCCAGCCACCCACCCGCGCGCACGCACGGCGCCCGGAGCCUCGGCAGGAGGAAGAUUGAAGAGGCGCCGCAGUCGCGGGGACGGCGCGGGGCUCUUCCUGGAUUCCGCAGGAGCCUGCCCGCCGCAGCUGCUGUCUGCAGAGCCUGCACGGAGCCGGUGCACACGCGUCCCCCGCUCGAGCCUCUGUGAUGAAGACUGCCUCCCGGGGGCUGCGGGGGAGGCAGAGCCAGCCAGCGCCGGGGACUGCGGGCCGCGCGGCCGGUAGGCCCGCGGGGACACGACUCGGACACUGUCAUCCCCACGCGGCGCGCUGAGCCGCCCGCCCCUCCGGCCUCCCGCACGCCCGGUCCGGGGUCAGCCCCGGAGGCCUCGGCUGCCUCAUUUGUUUCGGUCUUUUGUGCCGUGGCUCCCAGUUGGCUAAGCACUCCUGCGCUGAAUCGGGCCAUUGUCUGCGCUCCCAUUGCCUUCACGCUGCCAGUCUCGGCGCCCCCACCCCGCCCGCCCCCUCCCCGCCUCCUCCCGGCCGGGGAGCCUCCUAACGUGCCUUUCCCCCCAGGAAUCUGGAAGCUAUAAGCCGGGCGGAUUGCAAAUGAAGUGUAAUGCAUUGUGGGACGUGUGUAAAAUCGGAGCCUUCGCCGUGGGGGUGUGGGGGGGCGUGGGGAGGGCCGGACCCGCCGCUGGCGGUGUAGACGCCGACGAGGAGGGGCUGGGAAAAUGUGCGCAGAGUCCGCCCGGGUCGUGCCCGCCGUAGACUGAUGAAGGAGCGCGCUGCGCCCUGGCGCUGAGGCCCCGAGGAUCGGGGCGGCAGGUCGCCCUCCCCACCAUGAAGAAGACCCGGAGCACAACCUUGCGGCGAGCCUGGCCUAGCUCGGAUUUCUCGGACCGGGCCUCGGACCGCAUGAGGUCCCGCAGCGAGAAGGACUACCGCCUGCACAAGCGCUUCCCCGCGGCCUUCGCGCCCCAGGCUUCGCGGGGCUACAUGACAUCAGGUGAUGUAUCACCAAUCAGUAUGUCUCCCAUCAGUCAGUCUCAGUUUAUUCCACUCGGGGAAAUCCUCUGCUUGGCCAUCUCAGCAAUGAACUCGGCAAGAAAACCUGUCACCCAAGAAGCACUGAUGGAGCACCUGACCACGUGUUUCCCAGGUGUUCCAACCCCAAGCCAAGAAAUUCUGCGGCACACGCUAAACACGCUGGUUCGGGAGAGGAAAAUCUACCCAACUCCAGAUGGCUACUUUAUCGUGACCCCACAGACUUACUUCAUAACUCCUUCCCUCAUAAGAACUAACAGUAAAUGGUACCAUCUCGAUGAGAGGAUACCCGACCGGUCCCAGUGCACCUCUCCGCAGCCCGGAACCAUCACGCCCUCUGCCUCAGGCUGCGUCAGGGAAAGAACAUUGUCCCGAAACCACUGCGAGUCUUGCCACUGCUGCAGAGAAGACAUGCACAGCAUGCAUGCGUCCACCCUGCAGAGGAAGCCUGCCAAGGACUGCAAAGACCCCUACUGCCCCCCUUCUCUGUGCCAGGUGCCACCCACUGAAAAGAGCAAAAGUACUGUAAAUUUUUCCUACAAGACAGAAACUCUCUCAAAACCUAAAGAUAGUGAAAAGCAGUCAAAAAAAUUCGGGCUGAAGUUAUUCCGGCUAAGUUUUAAAAAAGACAAGACCAAACAGCUGGCCAAUUUUUCUGCCCAGUUUCCUCCCGAAGAGUGGCCCCUGCGAGACGAGGACACGCCAGCCACGAUCCCGCGGGAGGUAGAAAUGGAGAUCAUCAGGCGCAUCAACCCAGACCUGACCGUGGAAAAUGUCAUGCGGCACACGGCGCUCAUGAAGAAGCUUGAAGAAGAAAAGGCCCAGAGGAGUAAAGCCGGGUCCUCUGCCCAUCACAGCGGAAGGAGUAAAAAGAGCAGGACUCAUCGUAAGUCCCAUGGAAAGUCUCGGUCUCACAGCAAGACACGAGUGUCAAAAGGAGACCCCUCCGACGGCUCCCAUCUGGAUAUCCCAGGUGAAAGAGAGUAUGACUUUUGUGAUCCUCUGACCAGGGUACCCAGGGAGGGCUGUUUCAUCAUGGAGCACGCAGGAGAUAACUUCAUCAUGCAUAGCAACACAAACGUGAUCGAGUCCCACUUCCCCAUGACGCCAGAAUGGGAUGUGUCUGGUGAACUGGCCAAAAGGAGAACUGAGAUGCCUUUUCCUGAACCUUCCAGGGGAAGCUCCCACUCAAAAGUGCACCGAAGCCACAGCCAUACCCAGGACCGGAGGUCCAGGAAUGAGAGAUCCAACAAAGCCAAGGAGAGAUCCAGGUCGAUGGACAACUCCAAAGGCCCUCUGGGUGCUUCUUCUCUAGGGACGCCUGAAGACCUUGCUGAAGGCUGUAGCCAAGAUGACCAGACCCCCAGCCAAUCCUACAUUGACGACAGUACUUUAAGGCCUGCACAGACUGUUGGUCACCAAAGGGCUCACAUUUCGUCCACAAGCUAUAAAGAGGUGUGUAUUCCAGAAAUAGUUGGUGGCAGCAAGGAACCGUCCAGUGCUUGUAGCCUUUUGGAGCCAGGCAAAGCACCCGAGACUUUGCCAUCCUAUGGCGAACUCAACUCCUGUCCAACAAAAACCUCCACGGAUGACUAUUUCCAGUGCAACACCUCCAGUGAGACGGUGCUCACGGCGCCAUCACCUCUGGGAAAGAAUAAGGAGGACCAUGACACUCUGACUUUGGCAGAAGGGGUGAAAAAGCUCUCCCCAUCUGAUAGGCAGGUCCCCCACUCCUCCAGGGAGCCUGUAGGGCACAAGGAGGAGUCACCCAAAGGGCCAGGUGGUGGCCCUGCUGCCUCAGGAGGAGCGGCUGAGGGGAUCGCCAAUGGACGCCUUGUCCAGCACCAUGGUGCCGAGCCCAGCAGCUUGGACAAGAGGAAAGAGAUAUUUAGCAAAGACACACUGUUCAAACCUCUUCACAGCACCUUGUCUGUAAACAGCUAUCACAAAUCGAGCCUGUCCCUCCUCAAAUCUCACCCGAAGACACCUGCUGACACACUGCCAGGCCGAUGCGAGAAACUGGAACCAUCCCUGGGGACCUCGGUGGCACAAGCCAUGCCAGCUUCCCAACGUCAGCAGGAGUCAGGAGGGAACCAGGAAGCCUCUUUUGACUAUUACAAUGUCUCUGAUGAUGAUGACUCUGAGGAAGGGGCAAACAAGAACACUGAGGAGGAGAAAAAUAGAGAGGACGUGGGCACCAUGCAGUGGCUUCUCGAGAGGGAGAAGGAAAGAGACUUGCAGAGGAAAUUUGAAAAGAACCUCACCCUUCUUGCCCCAAAAGAGACCGACAGCAGCAGCAACCAGAGAGCCACCCAUUCAGCCCGGCUUGACAGCAUGGACAGCAGCAGCAUCACAGUGGACAGUGGAUUCAACUCCCCACGUACUCGGGAGAGCCUGGCUUCCAACACGUCAAGCAUUGUUGAAAGUAACCGUCGUCAGAACCCCGCUUUGAGCCCGGCCCACGGUGGAGCUGGUCCAGCCUUCAACUUCCGAGCAAGCACGGACCCCCCGACAAAUGAAGCUGAGAAACUACAGAAACCUUCCAACUGCUUGCAAGCUUCUGUUACUAGUGUGUGAUAGUCCUUCUGCCUCAGAUCUUCUGUCUCGUUCGAUACAGCAAAGUUUACGACACUGGGACUGAUGUUUACAUCUUUGGAAAGACAAGCAUCUCAACCACACAGUUUUUGUGUUUACUUAAACUGUGCUGCUAAGUAGGGCUAGGGCAAAGAACAAAACAACAAAAAAUCUUUAUUUCAGAGUAUUGCUUUUCACAUUUAUGGCUCUGUAGCAACUGAAUAACAGUAGGGGUGAUAUGUAUACUUUUGCUUCACUAAUUGUAUCUGAGCACACAUAGGAAAGUCUAGACACUGUAAGUGUAAUAUGCAUUUUCAAUGUCAUGCAGUCGCCAAUUCCAUUUUAAAAUGCCACAGAUGCGUGUUGCUCCCAGUCUGUGGUUAAACGGUGCCGCAGAACUGAUCCUUGACACUUCCAAAAAAAAAAAAAAAAAAAAAAAAAACAACAACUAAGCCACCAUGAAAUGUCAAAUGCAAGGGUCCACCUUGAGGGAAAUAGAUGCCAAACUGACUAGAAGGGACCCCAGCCCUCUGUGUGUGAAUUGCUUAUGCGCCAGUCAUUUUUCACUGUGAGUUUUCGUGACACUAUUUUGCAGGAGCCCAUGGAAGUGCGUGAGAAGGGGUCGCAAUGGAAAUCGCUGGGAGUGUCUCUUUCCAGGAUUUUGUUUCAAGUGUAACAGAUGCUUGUCUGAUUUUUAACCUUCCAUGAUCACAAACAGGAAUAUAGGCCUUUGAAUCUGAAGUGGACAAAGGAAAGGAAUUUCCAGUCUGCCCGGGGCACAGCACUAGGUGUUGGGAGAGGUGGUGUGGACUUGUAAAAGGUAUUGCUCAAAUAUUGAAGGAAGCGAAUUUCCUCCCUGUGAUACUUAGGAUGACCCUAUCUUACUCUAAUAGAUACAAUAAUUAGUUUGUUUAAAAGCAAAAUGUUCUUUGUGAUACAAAUGAAGAGUAUGGCCUGAGGAUGUUAUUCUUUCUAAUGGAAGGACAUAAAUCUAUUUUAUGUAGUUUUAAAUAGAAUGCCUAAAUUAGGCUGUGGGAGAUAAUUUUUAGUGGUUAUAGGAAAGAGCAAAUUUAGGGAGAGUUGAACUUCAGGCCUUUUAUUCCUGGGAAGAUAUCUAUAGAGAAAAGUUUAAAAAUAAUUUUUGAUUAGAAAUCUACAUGUGCCCAUGUAAUGAACAACAGAAUGUACUCAUUCUGCUAGUGUGGUAUAAUCCUAAUUUGUACUCCCCUAAAAUUUAUCAGAAAAACAAUUAUGCAUACAUGAACUAUGCCAGAGUAAUGUUUACAGAUACUUUGUAACCAAUUUCAGGAGGCGAUUUUAGGUGGAUGUGUAGUUAUUAGCCCAACUGAUUUCAAAAUGAUUUGUUAACAUUUUGCUUUGGUUUACGAUGUCACGUUGCACACAAAGACGACCCAGCAGCAAAGGGAUUGCCAAUAAUUUGAUCUUAUAGCAAAGAGACAUUCCAGCGUUCCCAUGUUUUAUUUUCUGAGAACAGUGGAACAGAUCUGUAGUAAUGGAAUAUUAUUUGCCAAAGGGUUACUAUGACACAAGGAAGUGUCUGACAUAAAGUUUUAUUUUGUUUAGUGGCAUGUGCUGUUGGGAGCUAUACACCAUAAAAUAUAUCCGUAUCCCCAAAUCCAGAAUAUUUUCACCUCUGAUUUCAGUAAUUGGCAUAUGAUUUGUGAGACACAUGAUUUUUGUAUUAGGUUUAAUCACUAGCAAUCCAUUUAAAGAAUCCAAUCCUAUACACAGUUGGACUCAUUCUUGAAACCUUUAAAUACUCCCUCAUCGUUUUUCAGUUAUUUGGAAGUUGCAUUGGGUCAAACUGGACUCCCUGGGUUUGGUAUAAAUUCCUUUUUUGUGCUUAUUGCAGUGAAACUUCAGCACGUUUCGUAGUAAACUCCCAUGUCAUUGACAUGCUUAGGCCUCUGGGCUUUCAGUCUCACGCCGUAUUUCCUCCAAGGCAUGCCUUGAUGCAUUGUUUGUCUCCUGGCUUAAGUAUGUCCAGAAGGAAUGAUCGUGUGUCUAAUAGACUACAUAGUCUGUUCCCUUGGGGAGUUAUAUAUCAUACGGUUACUAAAUUUUUGUCUAACUUCAUUUUUUUUCCAAAAACUCGCUCUCAAGUUUUUCUUCUACUAUUAGUUCAUAAAUAAUAGAACCAUUGAAACAAUACAUCAGCCUCCAGUUGAUCCUCUGAAAGUAGCCAUUGAAAUAAUCGAAAGCUAUGUGAACAGGAAAGGAAAGCAUUACCUUUAAGAGAAGCUUUAAAAUAGGAAUUUAUUGAUAUUUCACGAGAUAUAGGUUUACAGAAGACAUUAUUCAAAUAAAUAUGUACACUGUUUGCCUGAUGCUAUGGGGUACAUGAUUUUUUAAAAACUCCCUUAGACCAGCAGCCAUUUGUGUAGAAAUGAUGGACUUUAAAGAUGAUAACAUGUAAGCAGACAUUGCAUAUAAAAGUAUUCUUGUCUGAAUCUGAUCGAGACUCUUGAAUGGGGGAGGAGUGGCAGCCGGCGUCACGCUACACAUGUCACCCGAGGUCCCAGUGAGGUGCUCGGUCCGGACGGUGGGGUCCUCGCCCGGUGUUGCCUGAACGCUUUUCCUCCAGUGAAACCAUAGCUUUGUGUUACACGACUGCUUGUCCAGUCUUAGGGUUUAGCAACUGAAAGGUUUACAAAACUGAAUCUGGUUGAAUCUCUGUGAAAGGGUCAACACAUCUGUCGGCAUUUUGCACACUUAUGUAUUAUUAUGAUACGACAUAUUACUUUAUGGUAAUUUUUAUUUUUACAUAUAACUACCUCCAUAAAUUUGAUGAAAUGGCAGCCGUGUGUUAAAGUGUAUCAUUCCGAAGAGCAGAGUUGAACACUUCCCCAUCGCCAUGGCUUUCUCUCACGCCAUUGUUUGACUUUCAGAUAUAAUCCUGUCUUCUCCUCUCUUCCCCACGAAAGCGCACUCGAUUUUGUUAGGAAUGAACCGAAGUUUAAAAAUUCUUGUGCCCACCCCCACCCCCCACCCAUUCCUGUUAAAAGUUCUCUGGCGAAGAGCCAAUGGGUGAACGUAAUUGAGCGAGCUAUUUACUUCUUUGGAAAUCUGGUUUGAAGUCUCAGUGUUCGGUAACAGAAGACACACAAGCAAUGUGGACUGCCAACCUUGAAGCACUGUGGGCUCUGCCUUCACCCGCAUGCUACCAUGUGGAGCCCAAACUCCACUGUAAUUAAAAGAGCUGUGCUGUGAAUUCCACAACUUCUGUUAAAUGAUUUGUAUUCCAUUAUAUAUAUUUUGCACAUCUCAGGGGGCCAUAAUGAGCAUAUGAAAGCGGGGAUGCCAUCAAAUAGAGAAAACCAAUAGAAGAGGUGAAUGGAGACUAGCUGGAUAAAAAUUACAAAUUACUGCUUCUCUGAUGUUGUGAAGGUCAAGUUCAGGAAGCGUCAAUUCAGAGUUAAUCUAGAGUAACAAUGAUCUGAACAGCAGCUGUUCCCAGGUCCCUCUUUUUCAUAACCCAACCAGCAUUUCUAAAAUGUAAAUUUAAAUUAUAUUGCAGUCACCAUGGGGAGAAGAAACCUGUUCAGUGGAAGCAGAAGCAUUGUUCCUUUUUUAGGUUGGCGCAGCUUUGCAAAAUUCUACCCAGGACAAACCACUUAUCACCACCAAGUGUACUUGAAAAUAAAGUUUUUAACUUAAAUUACAAACAUAUUGCUCACAAUAUGAUAGUGAUCGUUUUUUGAAAGUCUCACCAUUUAUAACAUGGGCAGUAUUUGGAGCUUGAUCUAAAAACCAACAACAAUCGAUAAUGACUUUGCACGAUUCACUUUGGGAUCUCAGAAUGCUUCCAAAGCAUUCAGAUUCGCAAACCAUUAACAAGACAGGUCAUCUUUGUAAUACGCAUACUUGAACAAACAAAAGGAGUGACUUAAGACUACCCAGAAACACAGUGGCAGCUAUUGAUGAUCUGUUUUCUAUCUGUUUGAUAGACCAUCAUGAGAGAUCACUAAAUACAAUGCUAUUUUUCUGAUGUGUGCUAAUAAAGUCAAAGAAAACAAAUACAACUUGACACUUUUGUCCAUUUUCAUUAAAAAAAAAAAAAAAAAGUUCAGGGUGUUUGGAAUGUUACACCUUAGCACACCUUACUGGUAUCAAUGGAUGAAGCGGGAGAUUGACAGGUCCUCCCAAUGCCAUCGCAGUCAGAAGCAGAUCUGGACAUCCAGCCUUGUUUACAGUUUCAUAUUGGGUUUCUAUCGUUCCCGUGCUAAAAUACCAUCUUUCAGGAACAUGACUGCUCCUGGCAGUGGAAGGUGCUGACACAGAAAUUUUAAUUAAAAACUUUAUCAAGUACUCAUCACAGUGCUCCUUAGCACCCUAGAAAUUCAGUACAAUAUAUCGAGUCCUGCUUUGGAGGAGCUGGACUUCUGAGGGAGCUGAUUUAGUUCUAAGUAUUUUCUUGAAUUAGGAGGUAGACGAUAUUUGACGGGGAUCGGCUCCAUCACCACAGGCCAGUCACAGAACCCACUAGCUGUGUGCUAUCAACCUCGGUGGCCCCAAGCAGGAGCGACCUCUCCUUUCCCCCUCACCCUCAGGACCAUCCUGCCCAUUGUCAAUGUCACCCAGGGCUCUUCUGGUGGUGAGUGACUUUUCUGCGUCAUGUUUAGGGCUUGGGGGAACUAGAACACAGGAAACACGAAGGCAAAAGCCAUGGAAGACAUUGUUUUGCUUUGGGUUAGUAAAAUGUGGGCAGGAAAGAGAUUACUGUCCGUCUGAGCUUUGCCAAGUAAGAUAAAAGAAUCAGCUGUCACCCCAUUCCUCUCCCAGAAGGUCUAUGGUAUUAAGGCUACAUCCAAUAGUUUCCCACAGAUUUUUAUUCAGGAGAUGUUUCAUAAAUUACGUUUAUGAAAACAUUCAUUAUUAAAUGUCCUUGUUUUUCAGACAGACAUUGGCACCUUCCGAUUGAGUUAAUACUCUGCAUCUUUUGCAGCAGCGGCCCACAGAGAGAUUCCCAGUGAUGGCUCCCCUAACACACAACCCUGUGUUUUUACAGCUGUUCUAUGACUUACAGUAGAUGAUCCACAAGAUUCAGAAUUCUACCAGACUCAAGGGGGAACUAAACUUGCUUCUGAUGAUUGUACAUGGUCAGUUACAGGGCUUGUUAAUUGUUGGCCUCAAAUGUGAACAGACACACACACACACACACACACACACACACGCACACACCAUGCCAAGGAGGGAAUGGGGUGUUUCAAGUCAGGCAACAAUGAUUCUGGAAAGUUGGAAAUGUAAGGUUAGAAGCUUGGCUGGUCCCUGUACAGUUGCCUGCCUCCUUGUUCCAAGGCUGACCUUAGUAAAACAGUUCCCUUGUUCCCACCAAGAAGAGGUACCAAAUGUGAGACUUGAGAUCUCCAAUAUCUGUCCUCUGCGGUUCCGGGAAAUUAAUCAUGAAGUACACACGCAGCAGCUCCUCCGCUUCGUUCCUCCGAGGUACUCCUUUCCGGUCUCCCACCUAGAUACUGACAUGCCGCCAUGGUUUCCACAUUGGAAGGGUAGAACACUGUGCAGUAUCGUGCACACUUGCUGGGUUAGGAAUAGAGCUGCCCUAGGGUCACCUUCAUGGAAGUAUCAACAGCUACAAAUUCAAGUCCUUAGAGCAGUUGACACAGAUACUAUGUUCUAGAAGAGAAUUAAAUUUAAACGUCAAGUUUAAAGGAAUCAUAAUUCUGCAGGUAUCUUUCUCUGAGUGGCUGAAUGUGACUAUUGCAUUAGGGUAAAUGAAUUAAGAAAGUUCAAGUGGGAUUUACUGUAUGUUAGAAAGGAGUUUUGCAGCCAAGACUGCCUUGAAUAAAAUGUGUUUGCACUGAAAAAAAAAAAUUUAAAUUACUUGGUCUCUGGUUGCUGUAAAGGUCAUCCAAGAUGGAUGUUCUGUUUAUAUUGUAUAGUAUUUCAUAUGAAAUAAUUACAGUUCAUGAAAUGUCUUCCCUAAUGUUACUGAUUUAUAACAGCACAUUUGUAACAUGGUUUUUAUCGUGUCAGUGUACCAUACUGUAAAUGAUGAUUACUUGUCAUGCUUAGUAUAAUAACUUAAAAGAAAAAAAGGACAGGGAUUUUUGUAAGUCUAUAUUUGAAAGUCCCUCCAUAUGGUGAUAUUGUGUUCAUGUUGUUUAUGUAGUGUUGUGUGAAAUAUCCAUUUUGGAUUGUGUUACUUUUUAAGAUAUUAAAUAACAUUUGGUUAUA